GUGGGCAACGCUGGGGAUCGAGCCGGUGCUCGGUCGGAGCAGGCCCGGAGCGGGUCGGUGCCCGCAGCUCGUUGCUAAAUGUUCUCGUGCCGCCGCCGUGUUUUGUCUGGACAUAACGUGCCGUAGUUUGUAAAGCCCUGCGCUCAUCGAAGGGAAACAUGCUAACGUGGUUUCUGCAAACAGAAGUGAAGUGAUCUAUCUCUGGUACUCCAAACAAAAUGAAGAUCCCUUCUGUAUUUCUGAGAUUCCCUCAUCAUUAUUUCUCUAAAAGAACUUACUUCAAGAACUUGAAUUUCAUUUCCAGAUCGGAUUUCCUAUGCGUUAAAUCUCUUACACCAGCGCAUCUACAUUGCUCAAAAUGGAUGUGUUUGUCAAAGUGUUUGAGCAGAGAACUGUGUCACCAAACUGCCCCUGAGCAGGAAGCAGAGGGGCUUUCCGACAGAGAAAAAGGACUUGUAGACAGACUUUACAAUGGGCUUGUCCAGGGUCACAGAGCCUGUUUAGCUGAAGCCAUUACACUUAUAGAAUCUACUCAGACUAGGAAAAAGAAAGUAGCCCAGGUGCUCCUUCAGAAGGUAUUAUCCUACCACAGGGAACAAGAGAAGUUAAAUCAAGGAAAGCCACUUGCCUUUAGAGUGGGGUUAUCUGGUCCUCCUGGUGCUGGGAAAUCAACUUUCAUUGAAUGCUUUGGGAAAAUGCUUACAGAAAGAGGACACAAAGUGUCAGUGCUGGCUGUAGACCCCUCCUCUAGUACAAGUGGCGGUUCUUUAUUGGGUGAUAAAACGCGGAUGACUGAGUUGUCGAGAGACAUGAAUGCAUACAUCAGACCAUCUCCAACCAGAGGGACGUUAGGAGGUGUAACAAGGACUACCAAUGAAGCCAUUCUGCUGUGUGAAGGAGGAGGCUACAAUGUUGUUCUUGUGGAAACAGUAGGCGUGGGACAGUCAGAAUUUGCUGUGGCUGACAUGGUUGAUAUGUUUAUAUUAGUGCUACCACCCGCAGGUGGUGAUGAAUUACAGGGUAUCAAACGGGGUAUAAUUGAGAUGGCAGAUCUAGUUGCUAUAAAUAAAGCUGAUGGUGAUUUAAUUGUGCCUGCACGGAGAAUACAAGCUGAAUAUGUUAGUGCUAUGAAGCUGCUACGCAAGCGUUCAAAGGUUUGGAGACCAAAGGUAAUGCGUAUCUCUGCCAAAACUGGAGAAGGUAUCUCAGAUAUGUGGGAUAAAAUGACAGAAUUUCGCGACCUCAUGCUCACAAGUGGUGAGCUGAUUGCUAAACGGCGGAAGCAGCAGAAAGUGUGGAUGUGGAAUCUCAUCCAAGAAAAUAUGUUGGAACAUUUCCGGAGUCACUUGGCAGUCAAAGAUAAGAUUCCACUUCUGGAAGAAAAAGUUCUUAGUGGUGUCUUGUCUCCUGGGCUGGCAGCUGAUCUGCUGCUGAAAGCAUUCAAAGAUGGUCUCUAAUCAUUAUUUUCUACUGUGUUAUUGCUAAUUCCUUCAUGUAAACCUAAAUAUUAAAUACGCUUUAUGUGUGAAUUCAAAUGUUUCACUACAACAGACACUAAUGGAAUACAAUUUAUUAGUACUCUGCCACAAAAAUACUGAGUGAAAAGCGCUGUAGGAUUCUGUAUAUGUAAAGUUCAGUGCAAACACACACUCAGAGACUACUAUAUCUGGUACUUGAACAGCAGUACUGUUUUUGAGUCUGUACUCAUAUGGAUUUGUUGGUCACAAAUGUGAGCCUGUAUCAAAAUGUGACUGGUUUUGGAGAGUGAGGUUUGGUGCAGCAGUUUCACUGUGGGACUAUCUUAGGGGUGAUAAACACUUCUGCUUUCCAUUCUGAUUUAUUAUCAGUUGUUUCUUGUAUGUAUUACUUUUUUCUUCCUCUUGAGUCUCUGCAAGAACACUGGACCUCCUGGUUGCACCGGACUGCAGUCUUAGUUUUAAAUACAUUGAAAGCAUAUAAAAAGAGUUGUUCAGUCAUUGGGAAGCUAUAGCUAUUUCCUGUAUGCUAGGAGAAGAGAAUUGUAACAAUCAUAGAUUCUAACUAGAUGUUUUAGUACAAAAGCAAAGUCUAAUUAGACUUUUUAAAAUACAGACAUAUGAAAUGAG